AUGGAUGCUACUCAGCAGCCGACGAAGAAAGCUCCGUACAAGCGGAGGAUGACGGAGAAGCGGCGGAAUCAGAACCGAGCUGCCCAGAAGACAUACCGCGAGAAGCGCAAAGAGCGAUUAGAGCAGUUGGAACGCCAAGUCACAGCUCUGCAAACCAAGGACGGGGAUUCUAGGCCAGAGAAAAGUGCCCCUCGCAACGCGCCUGAAUUACCAUCUGGUUGCGUUAUCGAAGACCUGGGCGACAUUGAUCUCGACUUACCCGAGGAGAUUCCGUCAAUUCCUGCACCCGACUCGUCUUUCUCAGAUCUCAAGCAUCUGCUCAAAGGUGACGAUGCGCCGGAUCUAGAUGAACUUGUACAGUUCGCACUUGAGGAGGAGCCUGAUCUUACCAAGAUACUGAUAGCGGGUCUUCGAUUGCUCAAGAUAGAGAAAGAUACGACCAUGACACUAGAGAAGAAAAGACGGCCGGUGGCGUGGGCGACAGGCAACUGGUCGACGUUGACAAGCAACAACCCACCAUCGGUGAUCUAUCCGCUUCCAGAUCCCUCAAUGGACGGUAUCUUCCUGAGCCGUCAGUCUCAGAUCGAGGUUGUGUUCUACAAUUGCAUGAAAAUUGGCCUGCCAAUCGAAGAGCUCAUGAAACCCACUUGUCAAUCGCCAUGGUACUCACCGCUCUCGACGAUACCCUCUUCUACCCUUACUUUACAGCGCAUACCUCCGGAUCUAUUCCCGACGCCAGCUCAGAUCCGCUACCCUCAUCAUCCCUUCAUAGAUACCAUACCGUUCCCAUGGUUUCGAGAACGUGCGAUCACGCUGGCGUCGAUGGACCCGCCUGCUUACAGUCGUGUAGAGCUCAAAACAGAUAUCUUGCGCGGGGGACUGGUAGUGUGGCGAACGAGGAGAAAAGAGGAGGGAUUACCUUGGGAUCGAAGGAAUUGGGAAGUGCAGCCCUGGUUCUGGGACAAAUGGUCGUGGUUGAUAGAAGAGCAGGGACGGGUGGAGAAGCAGUCGAAAUGGUGGAGAUCAAUGAGAGAACAGUGA